GUUUGACGUUUGUCUUUGUGUUUGUGGUUUUUAUUCUUUUCUUUGUGCGGCUUUUGAUUUGAAGAUAUUUGAUAUUUUUGAUCAUAUUUUGUAUUGUAAUGUAAUAGAACAAAAUUGGAGCAUUUAUAAACUCAAUAUUCUUUUGUUUAAAGUGAUUUUAAAAUGCAAUCUGUUAUAAACACCGUGAAAGGAACCGCCCUCGGCGUAGCAGGUUACUUGACUCCCGUUCUGAAGGAAUCCAAGUUUCAAGAGACUGGUGUGCUGACCCCUGAGGAGUUUGUGAUAGCUGGUGACCACCUGGUGCACCACUGUCCCACUUGGCAGUGGAGCAAAGGGGAGGAGUCCAAGCUUAAACCCUAUUUGCCCCCCGACAAGCAGUUCCUUAUCACCAGAAAUGUGCCCUGUUAUAGGCGCUGCAAGCAAAUAGAGUACUGUGAGAACAAUGAAAAGGUGAUAGAAGAUGAGAAUGAUGGGGACGGUGGCUGGGUGGACACACACCACUAUGAGUCCCCUGGCUCACCCACUGUGGAGGAAAAGGUGUGUGACAUGACCCUGGAGGCAGCGGAGACCGGGGACAGUGACGGUGAGGAGGCGCCAGACAAUGAUGACAACGAUGAUGACGCAGACGAUGGGGAAGCUGAAGACAUGGAGAGCUUCCAGGCGUCUGGCUUGCUGGACGAAGUGGACCCAUCGACAGCGCUGACGCAGCGCAAGGAGCCCAAGGCGAAGGAGCGCAAGCCGAAGGCGGACGGCGACGAGAUCGUGCGCACGCGCACCUACGACCUGCACAUCACGUACGACAAGUACUACCAGACGCCGCGCCUCUGGCUCAUCGGCUACGACGAGGACCGGCGGCUGCUGGGCGCGGAGGCGCUGUACGAGGACAUCUCGGCGGAGCACGCGCGCAAGACCGUCACCAUGGAGGCGCACCCGCACCUGGCGGGGCCCGGCAUGGUCUCCGUGCACCCCUGCAGGCACGCAGAGGUGAUGAAGAAGAUACUGGAGACGGUGUCGGAGAGCGGCGGCCACCUGUACGUGCACUCCUACCUCAUCGUGUUCCUGAAGUUCGUGCAGACCGUCAUCCCCACCGUGGAGUACGACUUCACGCAGAACGUCUCCAUGUAACAGCGCACUGCAACAGUUGAUCACACCUGGCUUUUGUCGUGGCUCUCUACCGUAUCCAGCGUUGAAAACUUAGUCUGCAGUCAAUUUACUGAUUCAACAGUUGAUCAUACCUGGCUUCUGUCUAUCUACUGAUUCAACAGUUGAUAACAUCUGGUUUCUGUCUAUCUACUGAUUCAACAGUUGAUAACAUCUGGCUUCUGUCUAUCUACUGAUUCAACAGUUGAUCACACCUGGCUUCUGUCUAUCUACUGAUUUAACAGUUGAUAACACCUGGCUUCUGUCUAUCUACUGAUUCAACAGUUGAUAACACCUGGCUUCUUUCUAUCUACUGAUUCAAUAGUUGAUAACACCUGGCUUCUGUCUAUCUACUGAUUCAACAGUUGAUCACACCUGGCUUCUGUCUAUCUACUGAUUCAAUAGUUGAUAACACCUGGCUUCUGUCUAUCUACUGAUUCAACAGUUGAUCACACCUGGCUUCUGUCUAUCUACUAAUUCAACAGUUGAUCACACCUGGCUUCUGUCUAUCUACUGAUUCAACAGUUGAUAACAUCUGGCUUCUGUCUAUCUACUGAU